ACAAAACUUUCUUUGUGUUUUUACGUCAAUUUCAAUUUGAAAACAGAAAACAAUUUCAAUUUUUUAAAAUUGUUAAAAAGAUGCAAGAAGAAUUAGAACUAUUAGAAGAUCAAGUGUUUCCGAUACAUAAUCGUUCAAUUUGUUAUAUAUGUAAAAAGAAAAUGAAAAUGAAACGCAGUAGAUCUUUAUCUCCUAAAGCUUCAAGUAGUGAAGAAGAUAUGAAACGUAUCAAAUUUGAAGAAAAUGAAACGACAAAUGAUGUAAUAAUACAUCUACAUAUAUUAGACUUUUCUGAUGAUGUUCUAUUGAAUAUAUUUAAAUAUUUAAAUCCUAAAGAUCUCAUGGCAAUAAGUUUAUCUUGUCAACGACUAGCUCAAGUAGCACAAGAUAAAACUUUAUGGAGAAGGGUAGAUUUUCGAGCAACACCUAUAUUAUUAAAUGAUUUAAAAGAAUAUAUAAAAUUUCUACAGCCUAUAACAACAAGUCUUGCUAUGCGUGGUGAUUUAUAUUGUGAAAAUGAUGCAGAACUUAGUCCUUACUUUCUCAACUCAGUUAAUGCUACAUGUACUCAACUUAAAGAAUUAAUUAUAGAGGAAUAUUUUAUUAAUGCAGACAAGAUUCAAAUUACAGAUUUUCCAAGUACCAUAGAAAAACUUUCAUUAGAAGGCUGCAAAAUGGAACAUUUGCGUAAUAAUAAAUCAUAUUUUUUCAAAAUGAAUUUCCAUAUGCCUAAUUUAACAUGUUUAAUUUUAAGUAAUUGCGAAUGGUUUACUCCACAUUCAUUGUUGGUCAUUAGCAAGAUGCCAAAGUUGAAGGAAUUAAGGCUAAACUCGUGUCAUCGCUUAGGCGAAUGCGUUGCUUACACUAGUUUAGCUACAAGAUUUGGAUUCAAAACAUUAGAAAUUCUUGAUUUGCGAGAUACAGCACUUGGUGAUAGUGAAGUUGGAUGUUUUAGUUGUACUAAAACUUUGACACAUCUUUAUCUGGAAUGUCCUUCUAGUUUAAGAAACACGGAAUCGCCCGAUUUAGAAUCUCGACCUUUACAGAGAGAACCUUUGAAUCAACCUGUAUAUGAAGAUAGAAAUCUUGCACAAUUCCUAGUCGAAGAUGGAUUUCGUUGGGAGAAUUAUAUGUUUGGACGAUGUCUAAUAACAGACAGAGCAAUUUGUGCUCUUGGAAGUGAUACUUGUGAUCGUAUAAUCAAUAAUUUGAUAGAAGAAGUUAUAGUUGUAGAAGGAGACAAACGAAUAUUUAAUAAUCCUCAUUUAAAAACAUUGGUUGUUAGAAAUUAUCCACAUGUUACAAACUCAAGUCUCGUACAUUUAGCUUUAAAUGCAUCGAGUCUCGAACACCUGGAUGUAAGUGGCACAUCUGUUACAAGACAAGGUGUUGAAACUUUUAAGACACAAAGACCGAACGUUAAAAUGGUUACCUCUUUUGAUGAAACACACACAAGCAUUUGAGAAGUACAGAGUCAUUCUGGAGGCUUUGAUAACAUGAUACUUUUAUUGUUGUAUAAAUCUAUUUUCCGCAAAAAUGAAUAUAAUCGUAAGAAUUAGGAGUAUAAACAAUUUUUUAUUUUUCAUUAAUUUCAAUAAUAAACGUAAAUUCUAUGAUGCGGAGCAUAGAAUAGUGUCUCAAGUUUACAUUUUAAUUUUGCAACCUCCAUGUGUGUUCAAUAUAUUUAUUCGCGCAUGUGUUACGAUUCCAUUAUAUUGUAUAUAAAUAUUUGUGUGCAAUCUAAUAUUGCAUUUUCUAUCUUUAAUGUAACAAAUCAGAUACAUUGCUUUGCGUUGAUGGUAAUGAAAUUUCAUUAUCAAAUGAAGGCACUAUAUAUGUAUGAAGUAUUUUAAAUACAUUAUUCAACGAGAGAGAGAGGUGCCGUACUGAUAAUGCAAAAGAACAAAUGGUAGAAACCAAAUAAGUUUUUACUUUACUACAUCUUUUUAAAUUCAUACAUCGAGUUUGUUCAAUUUAAAAAGAUCAUAUAUUUAGGAUAUUUAAAAACUAUUGAGAAAACGAUUUUUUAUUAUAAAGAUUAUUUAUUACAAAAAAAUAAAUAAAAGUUAUAUACUACCAGUAUGUGAUGGUAAUAUUUUAAAAAAUCGUUGAUUAAGUAAUUCUCGUAUGUACAUGUGUACAAAUUGAUUUAUUAACAAUUAUUUAUGAACAUAAUCAAAAUUUUGAAUAUUGGUCAUCAUUUAUAAAACAUACAUUUCUUGUUAUUAUUUUAUAUAUGUAUGUUGUAUUAUUUUAUAUUUGAAAUUAUGUAAGCAUUAGAGCCAUAUACAAAAAAAUGUUGUGUUAUUGAUUUUUAUAUCGUAGAACAUCAUUCCAUUUCUUUUUCAUAUUGUUAAUGAUGUCAUUGCACGUAAUAAAAUUUCUAUUUCAUCAAAUUUAUAAA